UCUUGAUUACGAUUGGCGAUAAGGAAGAUUCGAAGCAAAGUCAACGAAUGCAAGCGGGAGUUUUAACGGAAAAUUCCAACCUCUAGAGGAGUAUUACAUUCCAAAAAUAUUUGUGACAAGUUGUACCCAGAUUUGAAGGUCUAUCCCUCUCGUGUUUUUCUACUCAGCUGUCGGUUUAGAAGACAAUGAUGAUUUUGACCCGACAACCGGGACAAACUAUCUCCCUGUUGGUUUUUGUUAUAAGUGGAACAUGGGGAUAUCGCUCUGGACUUGAAGUGAUUAACGUGACAUACUGUGGAAAGUACGAUAAGCCUCCAACGUUUACAGCUUCUCCAUGGCCUUUCAUUCCUACUGGAAUUGAUUUAGAUGUCAAUAUAACAUUUACACCUGAGGUAGAUGUUUUUGAAGCAUCCAUGCAAAUCGAAGUGGUCUGUGACGGCAAGGUUAUUAUUUGGAGCACAGACGACAGUGUAUGCCAAGUGUACCCAAACGUGUGCAGCUUACCUGCUGGUGGUAAGUUGAUUCCCAAAGAGAGAGCUAAGGAGUGA